AUGUUCCGCACCGCCAUCAUCCGCUCUGCCGCCAUGGCCUCGCGCGCCGUCGCCCGCCCGGCCGUCGUCUCCCGCCUCAGCGCUGCUCCCUUCGCCAGGGCUGCCGCUCCCGCCGUCCCCAAGUGGGCUGCUCUCCAGUCGGUGCGCAUGUACUCGGCCGCCUCGGGGCUCAACAAGGACGAGGUCGAGGGCCGCAUCAUUGGCAUCCUCAACGGCUUUGACAAGGUCACCGACACUAGCAAGGUCGGCCCCACCGCCCACUUCUCCAACGACCUCGGCCUCGACAGCCUCGACACCGUCGAGGUCGUCAUGGCGAUAGAAGAGGAGUUCAGCAUCGAGAUCCCCGACAAGGACGCCGACGCCAUCCACAGCGUCGACCAGGCCGUCACCUACAUCCUCAGCCAGCCCGAUGCCAACUAA